GCGGUAUGCCGCAUGUCACGUGACUCAUGUUUAGAAAAUGGCUUCCAAUGCUUACUGAAAAAUGUGAAAAUGCACGUAAAAGACAAAGAAAACAACAGAGACUACAUUCCACAAAGAUUUGAAUAAAAUAGUUGAUCAGAUAGAAAGAAGCUAGAUUCCUGUCAUUCCCAAUUAAAGAUGCAGAGUUUAAUGUUUCAAGUUGACGGACACAGCUAUGGAGGUCCUAAACAAUAUAAUUCAGUUCAAAAUUUUAGUUCGAAAAAUCACAUCCAAGAAAAUGUGAGACGUAUGCGACAGAUACAGCGUAAAAGUCGAGAGAAUGAAAAAUCAAGUCAAGAACCGAUGAAAGCUUUAUGGAAAUCAAGUAAAUUUGAAAAUGUUCCAUCAAAAGUGGUAGAAGAACUUGUGAAAGAACCACGUGCUCCGAGACCACAAUCAGCUAAUUAUCUACGUGCUCAUUCUCGAUCUGGUCCAGUAAUUAAACUACAGAGUCGACCAUGUACACCUGAAUACCAUAAAGUAUCGGUACCUCUCGCUGAUAGCAAGGUGAAUCUGGUGCGUAAUAAUUUUGAUUUUAUAAAAGUUAAUGGUAUUGGAGCUAAACAUGGAAAAUUACAUAAAAGUCCAUCGUUAACAGCUUUAGAUGAUUUGAAGAACAAACAAGAGAGAGAAUUGACAGAUUAUCAUCGCGGGGAAGUCCCCAAAUAUUUAAAGGCAAGAAAAGCUCAGUGGAAACGUGAGGAUGAGGAGAGAAUAGCGAACACACCGGACCCUACCAUGCCACCUGGACAUCGAGCUUUAAGUAAUGAAGAAAGGCGGGAAACUUUAGAUCUUCUAAUUAAAAAACAAGGUGAGCUACAAAACCAGAUGUCGAAACUUCCUCUACGCACAGACACCAUGCGGAUACGCACCGUGAAAAAUGACAUCGAGACAAAACUUAGUGAAGUUGAAGAAGCCAUAAAGAUAUUUUCACGGCCUAAAGUUUUUGUCAAGAUUAACCAGUGAGAUAUAUACAAUACAGUAUUACAUUGUAGUGUGGAUUAACAAGUUGUAGCAGUAUUCAACAUGUGGUAUUAGACUUGAUUAACCAGAAGAAUAUUUUAUAUACUAUAUUGUGAUAUUAAUAAAAAAAAGACACAGGACUCGACCCUAGCAUCUAGACUUAUUUUACAAUGACCGUUAUAGUGUGAAACUACUGCUCCCUAAGCGGACUAAAACCACCGGAGUUGUAGAACUAGUAUAUACUCUAGGGGUCCUGAAUGGGGGUUGUCUGGUUUAGGGCUCCUGAAUGGGGAUUGUCUUGGUUGGGUGAUCAUUCCAUCUACUGUAAAUUUUGGGUUAUGUAACAAGAUGUCUUAACUCUGCUUGUGGAAGUUUCCAAUUAGACCCUCCCAUAUCAAAUAGACCCUAUCUACAAAUAGACUCUCCCUGUCAAAUAGACCCUCCCUACAAAUAGACUCUCCCUAUCAAAUAGACCCUCCCUAUAGAUCCUAUCAAAUAGACGCGCCCAUUAAAUAGAUCCUCCCUAUAGACUCUCGCUAUAAAUAGAUCCCAGGUUUAUGGAAAUAUACUGGUCUACGAUAUCACCCUUGUUGGAAGUGGACUUAAAACUCUAGAAACGAAUGAACGAACGUGGGAGACGGACACGUUCAUAGAAAUAUAUUUCUUGAACUCACAAUAUGUCCAUCCAAUUGUUAUCUGUGAUUAGAGUCACGGGUUUAUACAAUGUAUUAUCAAACUCUCUAGAUGUCCAUCAACUUUUUGUCUCUAUCUCGAAAUGCAUUUAAUAUUUUAACGACAUCAAUUAUGACAAUGAAUGGUACCAUAAAGAUCAUUUAUUGCUACCGUCACUAUCAUGUAGGCUACAAUUCUUGGCUGUCAAUGUUCCCCUCUAAAUUCUGACAGUUGAUCUGCAUAAAAAUCUUACAGUGUCACAAUGAAAUAUGCACAAGAUAUUUCUACAAAUUGUAAACCUGAAAUAGAUUGAGUAUAACCAAUUUCUCAUGCCGAAACAUUCUGGAUGCGGUGAUAUCCAAGAACCUGAAUAUUUGAGUUAAUGGCCUGAAAUAUGUGCUCACAUUACACUGUAACCUGGGUAUCAUUAAAUCUUGUGCAUUUAGGACUAAUUUCUUUCACAUUCAUUCCAUAUCAAAUCUGUGUUUAAAACUACUUGUAACUUGGACACUCAUUGUCAAAAUUAAUCAGUCAGCUUUUAAACUGGACACUAGUACAAAUUAGAUGAUUUUUGGGUGAUUUUAAAUGAAUUUUACGUAUUUUUAAACAGUGAUUUGAUAUUGGAUGAAUGUGAAAGAAAUUAUUGCUAAAUACACAAGAUUAAAUGAUACCUAGGUUACAGUGUUAAUACAUGUAUCCUUUGUGUACUCGUAAAAUGCGUGUGCACAUGCUCACAGUAUAAAGGGAGGAGUGGUUGCCGUUGAUGUCGAUAGAAUGUUAGAUGUUGUUCUAAAUUUAGAUUUGUUUGUAUUUCCGUCCUUCCAUCUACGUUAUUUGUAUUUAUUCUUGUAUAUUAAAUAUUUGUAAUCAACAUGUACUGUAUUUCCAUUUAUCAAGCCUGGAAAUAAGGCACCUGUCACAGACAAUGUCAGGCACAAAACCUCUGGUGCCUGUCAUUUUGUCCGGCACUGAUUUGUCUUUUUUAUUGAUAUUAUUAAUACAUGUCUGGCACUAAGUUGAAAAUGUCAAGUACUAUUUCAUUAGAGUCUGACAUUUUGUCAGGUACGUGUAAAACUGUUAUUUCCAGGCCUGCCAUUUAUUACCAAUUCAUUCAUGAUUUUUCUUCUUUUAAGGGUGCCCCAACCUCAAGGGGUGUGUACGUUUUUUCUCUUGGUCAUAUUUGUCACUCCAGGGCACUUGAUUUGGUUCUAUUUUACUAGUCUUCACUGACUGGAGAUCUUACUGUCCGUCAAGUUAGUUAUUUCAUCACAGAAUAACGUGUAUGUGAAACUUACCUUUCGUUAUCAAGUACAGUAAGUGGGUCAUGUACUGUAUAGAUCUCUAAAGGAAUUGGAAUAUACAGGUCACAAUUCUAUGGACUUACUUACUUAGUUAGUUGUAUUUUACGUCCGCUUCCACCGAGGUGAUAUACAAUUACUGCUUAUUACUGAGCGACGUUUCGACUAGUAAUAAGCAGCAGUAAUUGUAUUCUAUAGAAUUGUGACCUGUAUUAUCUCUAUAGGAAUGGCAAUAGGGGUGAAAUUUUUAGACAAGGUAAAUACACCAUUCCUAAAUAUUUUGGCGCUUUGAAUUCAUACCUACACAGACUUUUAUUUCUGAGACUUUGUUAAAAUCGGAAUGGUCCGUUUUAAUCUAUAUUGUUAUGUGUAAAAAACCCUUAAAAAUAUAUUGUUAAAUGGUAAACCUUUGUAAAAUAUUUCUCUCUCAUCCAAAAUACCUAAAAAUUGACUGGCUAGCAAACACAUUCGUUAUUUGAUUUACAAAACAUUCAAAUUGUCCAUUGAUUGACUAAAAAUGUGAGUAUUAUUUUUGUUUAUAAAUCGUAGUAUAUGUAAUUGUAUGUAAUAUUGGAUUUAAUAUUAAAUUAAUGAUAAAACUAGCCAGUGGAAUGAAUGUAAAUAUCAAAUUUUAAUUGUGCUAUAUUAUACAUCUUUGAUCAUUUCCUGCAUUCCAAUUGGGUUGUUAUUUUUAUAAAAAAAACUAAAUUUUCUUGAAAUGUAUCCAAAAAUUCUUUUAUUGUAAAAUCUUGAUCAAGUUUUAUGUACUAGAAAUAUUUAUCUGAGAAGAAAAUAAAUGCUAGAAUUUUU